AUGGGGCGCACUAAACGCCCGGAGCAGCCCCAGACCCCAAGGCACCCCUCACAGGGCCCGCUGGACGGUUACCUGCAGCCGCAGACAGGAACGAGCGGAGACUCCGGGAGUCCCAAAAUGGCGGCACCAUCCACCUCAGGACCGACACUCGAUCGGAUUGAAAGCACCCUGCGGGACUUGGCAGCAGCCAUGGUCACGAAAACUGACCUCCAGGCUAACACUACUGCUAUCCAGGAAACCCUGCGGACGGAGAUUGCAGGGAUCCGCACGGAACUCGCAACGCAAGCAGGCCGCAUCACUGUGGUGGAGGAGGCGAACGCGGCCCUCACGACCCGCAUGGCAGCUACUGACACAGCAGUGGCAAGACAGGGCGAGAUGCUGCUCUCCAUGCGUCGGCACCUCGAAGAUGUGGACAAUAGGGGCAGGAGAUGCAAUAUACGUAUUCGUGGUGUGCCAGAAACAGAAGGGUCGGAAAACGUAAUUGAAAUCCUUAUGGAACUCUUCCGCUCCCUAUUACACCCGACCCCGCUGCCAGAGAUAGAAUUUGAGCGUGCACAUAGGGCCCUGCGACCUCGCAAUGUGGAAGAAGGGCCGCGGGACCUAAUAUGCUGCCUACACUCCUUCCCAGUGAAGAAUACUAUUAUGGUAAAGGCACGGGAGCGGCAGACCUGGCCCUUUAGAGGAGUUCAAGUCGCCCUCUAUAACGAUCUAUCUCCCAUAACCCUGGAAGCCAGACGAGCCCUUCGCCCGGUUACUGCGACUCUGCGAGACCGAAAUAUCCAAUACAAGUGGGGCUUCCCCUUUGCCCUGAUGGCUAGAUACCAGAAUAGAUGGCUCACCCUGAGAUGGCCUGAAGAGGUACCGCAAUUUAUGGAAACAAUGGGCCUCCCUACACCACUAGUCCCUAACUGGAUAUUGGGACCAUUAGGCCCACAGCCAAGACCACAGCGGGGACCUAGACAGAGAGAAGUGAGACCUCGUCCUGCUCCGCACACCGGACGGCGCGGAGACCCAACAGCUCCAGAGGAGUAACCGCCUCGGCCCACCCACGCUCACGAUGGCUGCAUGUGACCUUUUGGCAACCCACCCAGGUAUUUACUCGAGGUCUCCCCCCGGAGAAACUGACCCUGGCAUGAUUAUCCCGACACCCUGCUACCUGAGAUCCGCUCCUACCAGAUGAACAGAUUUGAUACGUGGAUUGCCGCCAGGUACAUUGGGUUAUCGAUUAGGGGGUUCGGGGCGGGGGGACGUGGGCAUAAGGACACACACAAAGGGACUAUGUACUUGUGAGGCUGCCACACGGGGUAUGCACUUGCCUCACCACCCACCCCCCAACAGCAUAACAGCAUGAGAGGUUUCAAGCAAGGAGCAAGCAGUCAUUGUUUUGGGGCGGGGGGCUCAGGGAGGAUGCAGGCCGCGCAGGACGAACGCCCCUAGGGGAAACCAUAACUUUACCUGAAUCCCUAACCUCGGUUAUCGUUCGGGGUCAUUGUUCCGCAGAGGAGGACUCUCAGCCCAACCAUAUGCACUUAAAAGUUCUAUCUGCUAUCCGCGGGGAGGGUGGGGGAGGGAACCUGGAGGGCAACGGAAUUGAAUAUCAAUGCUGCAUAUAAUGUACCAUGCCGCUGACUAACCCACGUUUACCGCUGUAUACACUCUUGCACAAUGUUUUAUUUCAGAGGCUUUAGUUGGCAUAGGGCCGGUGGUUCCCUCACUAGACCCCGCUGGUUUGCUGAUGUCGCUCCCUAGAAUGAUAGGGCGAGCUGAUACACUUUUCCCGACAGACGAUAGAUCCCCCUACUAACAAUUAUAUCUCCGAAGGACUAACUUAUAGCUUAGGCCCACACGUGACUCCCUAGUAAUGUCUUUUUAUCUUAGAGCACAUAAAUCCAUACCUGUACUCAACCCACUGGCAAAUGAACGUCUGUGGUUUUACUUAUAUACGAACCCCCCCCCACCCCCCACUUGAGUACCGACAGGUGCAUAGCCGGAGAAUGACCUACACAUGACGCAUGAGAUAUACAUAAAUAUUGGAUCAGAAACCCGGAGGAGCGCUUAGGAUGGACAAAGGGGCCCCCGACAUAGGGAACCCCACCGCUGGUGGGUGCAGGGGUGCUAACAUUUAGCGACAAGGGACUAAGGGUUUACUUAGAUUGACCAGAGUGGGUGGACGAUGGGUGGGCAUCUUCCUUCUUCGAGGGAGUACUUGGGGAAUGAUGGGUUAUACUGUUUUCUGUUCAUCGGCCUCAGGGGCCAUGUUUGACAAUACGUUAUUUGUUGUUAUUACCAGUGUGCUUUUAUUGUAACUGUACAAUUUACGCAGGUUAUUGCUAUCCAUUCGAACCUGACCAUGGGGGAUAAGGUGGAGCGGAGAACCACGUAUCUAAUCCCCGAAACCUUACCUGGGUGGAGCUCGAGCCGCGUUCUCCAACACAUACACUCGUGCCAAGAGGUUAGUGACCAGACGGCAGGGUCCCUCGGCUCCUGGGCUGGUACCGGAGCGAGCCCCAGCUGGUGCUGGUCGCCGCGCGAGUCUUCCCCCCUCUUUUGUAGUAGUGUUCUAGAUCUACUUUAGGGAUCCCACCGGACUCUGGGGGGUAACCACAAAAAGGGACACUCACCUCCUCUCAUACUCUGCUUGGCGCAGUUGAUCCCGCGCCCGGGGACCCGAAAUUACUACUUGUGCGCUCUUCUAUAACACACUUUCCCCUCUUUCCUUCCCCAUCGCUCCCUUUCCCCCCCUCUCCCGCUUUCUUCCUUGUUCCCUCCACGUUCGUGCCGGUCCGCACCCCGGACGGGUGGCUUUCCCUGCGGUAG